AUGAUAUUUCGCACGACGGUCUCGGGCGGGCUUCGGGUCCGUCCCGCCACCCCAGUUCUUGGGACCAGCAACAACAAGGCUGCCGUUCUCCCCGCAGCAGCAGCAGCAUCACCCCGCCAUCCGAAACUAGCAAAUGAUCAAUCCCCCGUCCCAGGACGCCAGCCCUACGCGACUUCCCCCGACUCUCGUCGCCGUUCGGUAACCCCAUUCAAUGAUGAUGGUCGCGUGCCAUGGACGGAGCUGUCGGCCGCCGGGAAGACGGCUCGCGCUGUCCAGCAGACCUUCAACUUUGGUCUGGUUGUGGGCGGGUUGGUGCUGACGGGCGGUGUUGGCUAUUUCCUCUACUCAGAGGUGUUCUCUCCCGACAGCAAGACGGCGCACUUCAAUCGCGCUGUCGACCGUAUUCGCGCAGACCCCCGUUUGAUCGAGCUGCUGGGCGAGGGUAAGAAGAUUGAGGCGUUUGGCGAGGAGACAUGGAAUAAGUGGCAGCGGGCGAGGCCGAUCGCCUCGACCGUCACCAUCGAUGCCCAGGGCACCGAGCACAUGAUGAUCCAGUUCAAUGUGCGAGGACCCAAAGGCUUCGGCCGGGCCAGCGUCCACCUGAUCAAGCGUACCGACCAGGUGGACCACGAAUACAAGUACUUCUAUGUCGACGUCAAGGGCCACCAGAGGAUAUGGCUCGAGAACGCCGACGCCGCGCGCGCCAAGCCCGGCGAGCGCAAGCCGUGGAGGCUAUUUGGCGUCAACUGGAGCUGA